AUGAGGCUCGCCCUCUUGAUUUUUGCUGGCGUCACCCUCGCUACUCAUCAUUUACGGUAUCCGUCUCCUCUGAUACAACAAAACGAGUACGUUUUCCUAUUUGAAGGAGAAGCUCACUCAGGAGUCCCUCUUCCAGUAAACACCACUGUGUCUCGCAUCCGUGCCGUGGUCCAUGUCCAGAUUCUUGACGAUCAUCGCGCUAUUCUCAAGCUGAAGGAUGCUCACUUUGCUGCUGGAGAAGUCUAUCACAGAAGACUCAACAAGCCGAUGGACGAACUGAAGGUGCACACUAUCUCGGAGGAGCACACUAGUAUUCUUGAACUGCCAGUCCGCUUCAUUUACGAAAAUGGCAUAGUUCCUGGCUUGGUCUUAUCUGAUAGAGACGAAACGUGGUCAGCCAACGUAAAGCGCUCCAUCAUCAACAUGCUUCAGCUCAACCUUCACAAGAUAGGAAGAACACAUAGAUCCCUCCCUACAGACCACGAUAGCCACUAUUUCACUGUCUUGGAGAGAACCAUCGAAGGUGACUGCGAAGUUGCUUACACUGUCCUGAAGAAAAAUGACUCCGUCGCUGAGAUUUCUAAGUCCAUCAAUUUCAACAAGUGUGCUGGUCGCUCUGAGGCAAAGUACAACUUCCGCUAUCUGACCGAGUGUCCCGUAUGCAAGGGGAAUGACAUCCUUGAGCCCAGCAGCGUCUACAGUUGCUCGCUCGAAGAAGAAGAACUCAGGAAGGUUGAGGUCAGCUCUACGUACCUCAUUACUGACAAGGACCAGCCGGUUAUGAAGACUGAGAUCCAUACUAAACUCAUUCUAGAAGACGUAAAGGAGAUCGGACGUGAAUCUGAGUGGAUCGAUGGCAAAAAGGAAACUUUGAUCUUCAGCGACGAAAUUGAUAAGCAAAUUGAGCAUUCCUACAUGUACGGCGAUGACGGUAAGGUUCAACCCUACGAGCCUGUCAACGACAAGACUAAGGAAGUCGGCACUAUCAUCGAUAUGAAUGCGCUUGAGGAAAACAGACGUGAAGCCACUCACCUUCUUUCCCGGCUAGUUAUCAUAUUCCGCAUGUUUACAUUGGAAGAACUGUCCAUUGUACACUCGGUGUACUAUGAUUACUGUGACAAGCGCCUCAGGAGCAUGGUUGAGCAUUCACUCGCCGUUGCUGGAACAGCAAACGCCGUCACUCAUCUUCUUCGCAUCAUCACAAACAAGGAAAAAAUCGAGACUUACAAAUUAAUGCAUCUGCUAAAGAUCAUCCAAGAAACGCCAUAUCCAUCGAGCAAGAUCGUCGACGAGCUUCUCCACUUUGCUAUGACCGAUGCUGUCGAGAGUUCUCCUGUGAUCCGUCAGACAAUCUGGCUCGCCAUUGGAUCUCUCAUGCGCUCAGUAGUUGGAAAAACAGAAGAUAGGAUUCUUCUAAAGGAAGACCAUCGUGAGUUGAAGCGAAGAUACUUAAACAUUAUGAUGACACAGUUCGAGAAGGCGGACUCCAUUUACGAGAAGGUGCUCGCUUUGAAAUCUCUUGCCAACGCUGGACUCGAUGUUUCUGUCUACGAGCUGGAGAAGAUCAUUCUGGAUAAACGUGAAGAGCUGCCUGUUCGCAUAGAAGCCGUUGAUGCACUACGCCUCCUGAGAAAUUCCCCACACAAAAUUCAAUCCAUUCUGAUGCCAGUCUACAAGAGUCGUGCCGAGGACCCAGAGCUUAGAAUGGUUGCUCUUCCUCGUAUCAUGGAGACCUUGCCUCGUCAACCCUUAAUCAUCCGAAUAAUAUCUGCCAUGCAGCGCGAGCCCAACCUGGAGGUAGCAGCCUUCACCUUUGACAUGCUUCACACCUUCGCCGAGUCUACCCAUAUUUGCAACAGGAAUUUGACUUCGGUGAUCCUUCCGCUUUUUAGUAAGAGCCGCUAUCAGCGCAGAGAACGCGUUUUAGCGAGUACCUACAAGCACUUGCCUUUGUUCAUUGAGAAAAUUAUGACCGGCAUCAAUAUAAACUUCGCCACUAUCUUCGGAAAGAGCAGUUUUUGGCCCAAGGAAGUCAUGGUUGGGCUUGACUCAGUCUUCUCAGGGAUGUGGAACAAAUACUCCUUUCAGCUUGGUGCCAAUCAGCAGAAUACCGGAAAGUUCAUUCACAAUCUGACGCAUCAGCUGAUGAAGAUGGAGAAGAAUCGGAACACGGUGGCGUGUGGACACCAUAUAUGCAGUUUAUUGCCCCUUCUAGAAGGCGCUGGAAAGAAGCUUAUCAUCAUUUCAAGCCCUGUUGACGACAGAACUCCUUAUGCCAUGCUUUAUCUCCGCUAUAAAGACAUGGAUUACGCAGUCCUCCCGAUCGACGAAAAGAUCGUAGACGAACUACUCGGAAAGUUUAUCCGGGAGGGAAAGCUCGAGGAGAGGGAAAUCGAUCGCCUUUUCAAAAGUGACUCCGAGUUCAAACUUUAUAGCUUUGCUUUUCUUCAUGAGACAAUCAGAAAGAUCCCAACCCCUCUUGGUGUGCCUCUUAUCGUGAAAUACAAGUUGCCCACAGUCGUGUAUGCCGAAGGUGAAUUCACACUGGAGAUAGUCCCUUAUGGACUUCGUCUGCGGCUCAAUACAGUUCCAUCAGCCGCGUCCACUGAACUAUUUGAAAUGCGUCUUUGGAAUCCCCUUUUUGAGCAGGGAGUGAGGAUAGCACAUUCGAUUGAAGCUCAUCUUCCUAUUGACUUCGACAUGGAAAUCACUUACAGGAACGGGUUCGAAUUUAAAAAGGCUUUCGGUAUCCCUACCAAGGAAAAGACUAUUGCGCGCUUCACUUCACGGCCAAUGACAUUCUUCCGUUUUCUCAGCGGGCAAGAAACAUUCGGUAAGACAGAAAUAAGGACAGUUGUUUUGCCUGAGUGGAGACAGAUCAACAAACAAAAAGAGUUGGUAUAUAGCAUCUGGGGACUGAAGACGGUCUUUCGUGGAAAUUGGCUCCGUGAAUGGAACAUGAGCAACGUUCUGCUCGGACAGCACGACUGGGAACUCUUCAUGAUCCCCACUCACGAUGCACCGAAGAAAAUUCGUCUGUUCCUAAACAGCCGAGGAAUUGAGAACAUUUCAUUAGAUACAAAUAACAUUAAUCCUCAGUCCGAGAAAGUGUUUGAGGCUAAGAUUGAUAAGCUCGAGGACCUUGCCGAUAGAAGACACCGCAAGCAGUUCCACAGAUUUGUACGCGAUAUCGAGAUGAAGGAUGGCUACAGGAACCGUUUGAUCUUGGGAAUCGAAUCUGUUGACUCGAUGGUGGACUACUACGGAAAUGUUGAAAUCACUUCUGUUUGCGACGUCGGACUUCGCUACUGCAAGAUUGCCGUGGAAGGCAAGCGUUCUCCUACUGACGGGGAAGGCAGUGAGUGGAACAUCAUGAUGGAUACGGAGUUCGUUUUCCCAAAGAGGCCAACAUCACUCGAGGAAUUAAGGAACCAAAUCCACCGCGAUGUUCAAGGACUCCUUGUGAUGAAGUAGGGAACAGAUGAAACCAACGAGCUUAUCAUGAAGAUCCAACUAGGGCAGAGUAGGGGUCAAAAGAAAUUGUCUGAAAUUGUCGAUAAGGAGUUCGAAGGACUCGCCGCCUACGAUUUGUUUUUGAAGGCUUCUCGUCUGAAUCAGCUCAAAGUAGUUGUUGAUUACCAUAUCAGCCCAUAUAUCAAAAGCUUAUUCGAAUUAACCUAUAACUACACAAGGAGCUCCGCAAUCUGUGUUGGAAAGGUUAGAAAGUUCAACAACAGACUUCUGCAGAACGUGCUAUUUAACUACGUUACCCGAAGCCUAGUCAACGUUGUGUUUGACACUCCGUACGAGCGAAUGAAACUGGUCGACGUCGUUGUUCCUCGACUGUACCUGCCCACCAUAGCAAAGAGGACACUGCGCGACAUCCACUAUGAACUGAACGAGCCUGUAUGUGAAGUGAAAAGCGCUAAGGUCCAGACCUUUGAAGAUAUUACCUUCCGCAGUCCUCUCACCACUUGCUAUUCUGUUGUUGCAAAGGAGUGCUCAAAACAUCCUCGCUAUGCCGUUAUGAUCAAGAACAUUGAAGCGGACUCUGACGUGAAGGUAUGUUGA